UUACCACGGGAACGCGAUUUUGAAAAAGUUGGAGCGGAGGAGCAUGCAAAGUGUUCUCUGUUGUGGGAUCGGUACCCGCUAUCCAGUCUGCAUUCCGUAUCAAGACUGAUGAUACGCUCACCAUCAUUACCAAAUGAAGGGAAUAAUGUAGCGUGGUACCACCGUAUUUGGAAAUUACGUGCUUUAAAUAUAAGGUACCUCACCUGUGGAUUCUUGGGCUUCCUUCAAAAUGCCGUCAAGUCAGAUUCUUCAACCAGUCCUCAAAAUGAAGGUCGACGAGCUCUUCCUCACCUGGUUAAGCGAUCUCAAAACGCAGGCGGUGCUCAAAGACUACCUCGAGCUCAUUAAAAACGGGCAUCAAACUGAUUUUAGCAAUGUGGGCAUCAAGGAGAAGUGCACUUUGACCUUCAACCAGAACAACAACGUGGCGUUCCAAAAGACCUUGACAGAGAAGAAGCUAGGCACCUUUAAUGUGUGUUUGAGUCCACCUUGUGCCUCUCCCCUGCCCUCAGGAUGCAGCGGCAGCACUAGGGUGAUGGGACCUCAUGGACGGAUCUUACAGAGGUCUGUCAGCUCCAAAAAGGCGCAGGUGAGGACAGAGGAGCCCGUCAGCCGUGCGCUGAGCGAAAGCAUUCCAAAGUUUUACUUCCCGCGAGGUCGGCCCCAAGCCAACAUUAACAUCGACAGCCUCAUUUCCAAAAUUGAGGCGACGUUUUGCCAAUUCCCCAAUGAAAGGGCCACCAUUGAGGACAUGGGGCAGGUUGCCAAGGCCUGCGAGUGUCCCCUCUACUGGAAGGUUCCAUUGUUCUGCUCGGCUGGGGGCGACAGGACGGGCUUCGUGUCUGUGCACAAGUUCGUGGCCAUGUGGCGCAAAACGCUGCAGACCUGUCACGACGAGGCCGCCAAAUUCGUGCACCUCUUGGCCAAGCCUGGCUGUAAUUACCUGGAACAAGAUGACUUUAUUCCCUUCUUGCAGGAUGUGGUCAAUUCUCACGCGGGUCUGGCUUUCCUGAAGGAAGCGGCGGACUUUCACUCCCGAUACAUCACCACGGUGAUCCAAAGGAUAUUUUACACCGUCAACCGCUCGUGGAAUGGAAAAAUCAGUUGUUGCGAACUCCGGAAAAGUACCUUCCUUCAGAAUGUGGCGCUGCUCGAGCAAGAAGACGAUGUGAACCAGUUGACAGAGUUCUUUUCCUAUGAGCACUUUUACGUCAUCUACUGCAAGUUCUGGGAGUUGGACACCGAUCACGACCUGUACAUCGACCCCAAGGACUUGGCACAGCACAAUGACCAAGCCAUUUCCCAAAAGAUGAUUGAGAGAAUAUUCUCAGGAACAGUCACAAGGGACCGGCGUGUGUUCAAGGAAGGCCGCUUGAGCUACGCGGACUUCGUCUGGUUCCUCAUCUCAGAGGAGGACAAGAAGACGGACACCAGUAUAGAGUACUGGUUCCGUUGCAUGGACCUGGAUGGCGACGGCGUGCUGAGCAUGUACGAGAUGGAGUACUUCUAUGAGGAGCAGUGUCAGAAGCUGGAGAGCAUGGCCAUCGAACCGCUGCCCUUUGAGGACUGCCUCUGCCAGAUGCUCGACCUCGUCAAGCCUAGGGUCGAAGGUAAAAUCACGCUGCGGGACCUGAAGAGGUGCAAGCUGUCGCACAUCUUCUUUGACACCUUCUUCAACAUUGAGAAGUACCUGGACCACGAGCAGCGGGACCCCUUCUCCGUCAUCAGGGAAGUAGAGACGGAUGGACAGGAAGUAACCGACUGGGAGCGAUACGCUGCAGAGGAAUACGACAUCCUGGUGGCGGAAGAGGCUGCUGGGAAUCACUGCGACGAUGACGUGACCACCACUAAGCUCUGAAGGCGGACCACCUCCCGGCAGGUAAGACCGUCACAGUACCAGAAAGAACCGAACGUUCUCUCCUCUUUCUUUCUCUCUGAACCGGUCUUUUUCGAAAACCACCCAGACAACAUGGAUUUUGUUUUCAGAUAUUCUCCUGCACUUCCCCACAUUUGUGUUCUUCUCCUUUGUCUUCUCCACUUACACACUCAUCUUUUUUGGGAGGGUGGGCGGUAGGCAACAUUCUGUGUGACACAAAUGUGCAUCCCAACUUCCAAAAUUGGAAUUUUACAAGAUAAAGGUAAAACUUUGACAAUCAUUAAAAAAUAAAAUUCAAAAAUGUUGGGAAUAAAGUUUGACUAAUUAUACUAGCAGUGGUAAUACGAGAAUAUAAACACUAUAUACAAAUAAUGCAAGAAUACAGUAAUUUUGUAAGAGUAAAACAUUUUGUUGAAGAUGAAUUUGUAAUUUUACAAUUUUGUAAUUUAAAAAAAAUCUGGACUCAAUCUAAAUAUUUAUGUAUUAAUAAUUAAUUAAUAAGGUAAAACUAUAAUGUGUGAUUUUACAAGUAUAAAGUCAAAAUAACAUCACCAUUCCCCCCCCAAAAAAGCUAACAUAAUAAAAAGUUAAACUAUCAGAAAAAGCCAGUUUUAUGCUGACCGAAGUAAAAAGAAAAUUUUGCAUGUUCUCCCCGGUCCUGCGUGGGUUUUCUCCGGGUGCUCCGGUUUCCUCCCACAUUCCAAAAACAUGCGUGGCAGGCUAAUUGAACACUCUAAAUUGUCCCUAGGUGUGAGUGUGAGCGUGGAUGGUUGUUCGUCUCUGUGUGCCCUGUGACUGGCUGGCAACCGAUUCAGGGUGUCCCCCGCCUACUGCCCGAAGACAGCUGGGAUAGGCUCCAGCACCCCCCGCGACCCUAGUGAGGAUCAAGCGGUACGGAAGAUGAAUGAAUGGAUGAAUGAAUGAAUUGCAUUUUAUUAUGGCUAAAAAAGAACGAUCAUGACAAAACUGUAAAUUAUGGAAAUAGUCUUUACAAUGCAACAAAAAAAUGAAAUGCUAGUUGUAUAAAGUUGUUGGUUAUAUAAAGAGAAUAAAUUUGUAGUUUAACACGACAAUAAAAUAGAAAUAUAGAAAUAGUCCUGAUUAUGAGGAAGAAAUGUUGUGUUCAACUUUGUUGAGAUUGUGAAUGGUGAGGCUAAUUUCAUGAGGAUUUGCUUGACCAACCUUUAUUCAAAUGUAACACAGAGAUGGGAGUCUGCAUCACUCAGUCCACGCACGUUUUUGUCCUUCGCUCGGCUCGCCUUUGUUAUUUUGUCUUAAUUACUUUGGCGAAGCUUGUGAUGUUAACUGUUCCACGUAGGCAGAAUAGCUCCACCUAUUGCUUUGGCAUGCACAUGACAGCCUGUUAAUUUGAACCAAGAUCGGGUUAGAAAAAUACAUAUGGACAAAGACUCCCCUCUUGUGGCAGCAUAGGCACAUUACAUGAAUAUUUUUCCCUAAGGACGUUUAUGUGUUCAGGUACGAAACCCCGCUGAGUCCUUUGCAAGCACACAUCUCGCCCGAUCUGAA